ACUAUCCAGAUACUUGAGGAUAUGUUGAGGGCAUGUGUAAUGGACUUUGAAGGUUCUUGGAACAAGUACCUACCUCUGAUUGAGUUUUCUUAUAACAAUAGUUAUCAGAGUACCAUUGGCAUGGCUCCGUAUGAGAUGCUUUAUGGAAGGAAAUGUUGAUCACCUAUUCACUGGGAUGAGGCUGGUGAACGUAGGUAUCUUGGACCUGAAGCUGUCCAAAGAACGAGCGAGGCUAUUGAAAAGAUUCGAGCUCGUAUGCUUGCUUCCCAAAGUAGACAGAAAAGCUACGCAGAUCCAAAGCGUAGAGAUGUUGAAUUCCAAGUUGGGGAUUUUGUUUUUCUUCGGGUGUCCCCAAUGAAGGGAAUUCGAAGGUUCGGGAAGAAGGGAAAGUUGAGUCCCAGAUUUAUUGGUCCAUUUGAGAUUCUUGAGAAAGUAGGCCAGGUAGCUUAUCGGUUGGCUCUACCUCCUGCUUUAUCUGGGGUUCAUAACGUGUUUCAUGUCUCGAUGCUUCGGAAAUAUGUAUCUGAUACAACUCAUAUCUUAAGUUAUGAAGACAUUGAGCUUCAAACCGACCUGUCAUAUGAAGAACAACCAGUACAGAUCUUAGACAGGAAAGAAAAGGUAUUGCGGAACAAGACUAUUCCACUAGUUAAAGUGCUGUGGCGGAACAGUAAAGUUGAAGAAGCGACUUGGGAGUUAGAGUCGCAGAUGCGGGAGUUGUAUCCCGAGCUUUUCAGGUAAAUUUCGAGGACGAAAUUCCUAUAAGUGGGGGAUAGUUGUAAUAUCCCAGAAAAUAAAUAAUAUUUAAAUGGACAUAUUUUAUUAAAUAUGUAAUUACUUGGGAAAUGAAGUAGGAUUAUGAUCUUACUUAGGUAAAUUGUUGAGAAA